UAUGGCAGAGUCAAAUUCAACUGUUGCUGACGCAUGGGAUGAUCUGAUCAAAGAUAUUCAAAACACAGCAGCUACUAUUGUGGUCGUGCCAAUGGUGAUAUUGGUUGCGUCCAUGAUCAUGCUGCUGAUCACGUUAAUCUCGAUUAUCAAGAGUCCCGAAAAGCGUAGAUCGACGCCGGGCAAGCUGAUUGCGUGGCAGUCAGGCACGCUGCUCCUUGGAUAUUUCUUCUCGACCACCUUGUGCACCAUCCUCCUCAUCUUCCUUUACGACCCACUCACCGGCUUCAUCAUUCUCGUAUUCAGCAUACACGCCAUAUUUAUCCUCAUGGGCGUCUUCUAUCUAAGCUCGCAUUUCUGGCUCAAUGUGCUGUGUUUUGAAGUUUUCUUCAGAUUCAGGAGUUUGACCAGCUUGGUUGUGAACAAAGACGGCAACAGUGACAACUUCCGAUUCCCCGUAUACUGUUCCUACGCAAUACUAACACCAGUUUUCCUUACGCUAGUCGCAGCGCUGUGCAUCAUCAUCGUUGGAAUAGAUUUUUCUUCAAUUCUGAUGAUAGUCUACGGCUUCCCGGUUCUGCUUCUUACUGUGGCUAAUAUUACUUUCUUUACCAUUACCCUACGAAAUGUACUGAUAAUGAAAAAAGACACGAAAAUUUUACACAGCAAUGAAAGUAAGACUAGCGAGGCGAAAACAAUCAGCUCUGUGUGGCUGUCUCUGAAAAUGCUGUUGUCAAUGCUUGGUGUGACUUGGAUUUUUGAAGCGGCGUUGAUCAUUGGAUUCAUUCUGAAUCUGCCCCCAAAAGUUAUUUUUUACACCGCGGUUUUGACCUCUCUUCGCGGUGUUACUCUCUCUUCAAUUUACCUUAUCUUUAACAAAAAUAAGAAUUGAGAAUAGUUAUAAAUAUUUUAAUUACAUUUUCUAGACAGAAUAAUUAACA